AAUGAUGGAGAACCGAAUAUAUAAUAAGAGUAGUUUGGAACUACAGCAAAUACUUCAUCCUUUGAAUCAUUUACGUACUGCUCAAGACAUUACGCAAGGGUUGAGAAGAAUAUCAAGAACACUUGAUCGUUUGCUCAAGUACAAGUCGGAUUCUUCCAAUGAUAUGACCAAGUUGGAAAGACUUUCUAGAGUCCGGCAUAGUUUACGUGCAAGUAAGAAACAGUUGCAUUCCUUGACUAGACAACUACAGGAGAACAGUAUAGUUUAUAGAGUCCAUGAAAUAAGCAGCAGUAAGCACGAGAGGCUUUUAGCACGUUUUGAACUUUGUUCUUUUUGUUCAGAGUGUGACUUUUUCGUUACUAGAACGGAAGCAACAGAAAGUGAGUCUUCUGUAGACGUAGUAACUAUAAGUACUACAAGCCUGUUGAUUGAUAUUUCUAUAAAUCCAGAAAAGGGUAUAGAAAGUGUCUCCUUUCGGUUCUUUAGUCAAGAUGGUGAAGAGUUUACAGAUGAUAAACUUUGUGAGACUAUUGAGUCCUGGUUAAUAUCGGAGCGUUUUUCUCUGUUUGAAGAAAAGCUAAGAACAGUUUGGAAGUUGGACAGAAUAGACCAACAUAUGAACAAGUUGGAUAUUGUCAAAUUGUUACAUCAUCUUCGAUUGUUAUUUAGAAAUGUUUGUGGUUAUGAACAUUCCAAAUCACUUCCCAUACAAGAUGGACAUGGAUGGAUAUUACCAGAUUUAGAAGGUGUUAUGGACCUCUUUUAUAGUUGUUGUUGUCACAGACAACUUAUUUUACAAGGUUACUGUCGCGAAGAGGAUUGGAUGGAUAUUUGUAAAGAAUGUCCUAGUUGUAUGUCUGGAGUCAUUUCUAUACGAGAGGAAUUGGAAGAAAAGGAAGUAUUCUUUCCUAUGCAAGUUCCGAAUGAAAUGGAGUUGGAACAGGAAGAUAAGUUUCCAGUUGAUUUACAGAAAUGGGUUGGAGUGGGUAUAUCAGCAGAGUUGUCUUUUCUCAUUUCUCUCCAACUUCCUAUCAAGAUGACAUUAACGACUGCUCGACUUUUGUAUCUUUGUUAUGAAGAAGAAUGGACUCAUCGCCAUUCUCGAUAUUCUUAUGGAAAGGAGUGGUUUGACAUUUCCCAUUCUCAUAUGCCUUGUAUUCUAUUAGAAGAAGCUCUUUUGGAGGAUUGUGGAUACCCAAUGUGGUGUUGUGGAGAGAAUCUCCAUUCUAGUUCGGAAACUUGGACAAGAGUUCAUCGAGAUAGUGGCAUCAUAGAGAAUAGUUUAGAAUAUGUUGAUGGAAGAAGGAUGAUUCUAAGCUAUUCGCUGCCUGUUCGCUUUUCAUUGAGAAGGAGAUGUGUCCAAGUUGAUUGUGUUCCAUUCCUUCGAAUAGACAAACUGAUCACUAUUUUGGGUAUUUUGAGACAACAAUUGGUAUUCAAUCAGUUGUUUCAAAGUUUAUUUUGUGAUUGUUACGCAGAUGGGAGAUUAUAUACAUCGAGUCAGAAGCCUAUGAAUAAGGAUUCUUCUUAUACUAGGCUGGUGACAUGUUGCUUCAAGGAAGGUGGUAUGGAAUCGAGUGACUUUCGUUUUGAAGUGGUUGUACAUCCACCUUUUUUAAUAGAAUUAUAUUUAUGGAGAAUGAAGGAGGAGCAGCAAUUGGAAGCGAUCCAAGUGAACAUUUCUAUUGGUUCUCAUGGAUGGUUGCAGGUUUCUAUGAACAGUAUACAGCAGCAUAUUGGAUGGUUUGAAAAAGUAUUGAAAACUACAAGCAAUAUUCCCCUCUGUUUAUUUCAUUUAUGGAAAAAACUCGAAUCGAAUGAUCUUCGUUUCGCACCCUCAUGAAGAUGACAGAUGAUAAGUAAAAAAUGACAAGGAAAA